UGUCUUCUGCGUACUUCAUUACAAGUGGCACGUCGACUUUAGCUAUAAAAUUUUUCACCCAAGAAAGAAUAUAUAAUUGUAGAACACAUUCAAGAACGAGCUGAUCAACGUUUUCAUCCGCAACUUUAGCAAGAAACGGUGUUUUUGGAGCAAGUGCUGCUAUAUUGUAACGUGAUCAAAAUGUCUACUGAUACAUAUGCAGUUGUAGAAUUCCUUGAUAAGAAGUCAGUUGAAGUUGUUCCCAGAAGUUGGAUUGAAGCAUGUGAUGCUUUUGUGUUGCUAUUGGCCGAGGACAAACGUCUCAGCUAUUGUAAAGAAGCUGGAAUUGCCAUACAAAAAUGGUUGGAAAAAACAUAAAGUCAGAAUAUUCACAUUUGCAGACAACUUUAAAAGUGCCCAAAAGUUUGCUAGAAGAGUCAUUGCCACUUCAAACAUUAAAUGAGAUGAUGAGUCAAUCAACGACAAACCACGAAAACGUCCUCGUCUCAAAAGGAGUAUGGAAGAAUUUCCAGAUUACAGUGACAUAGAAAACAAUGAUGACAGUGAUGAACCCGUAAUUCAACACAGAGCCCUUCAGUUACCUCCUGCUCCACGUUACGCAUCUUUUUGUAUAAACAAUAAGCAUUUAUUGGAAUCUUCUGAAAGUAAUAUGAUAACAGCCGUCAAUGAAAUCUUAUCUACAAAUUCUAGAAAUUUGCCGGUGUGCAGCGAGCUGAUCUCCCUUGCAGAAAAAGGCUUCCAAAGAUCAGUUCUCACCAAACUGGAAACAUUAAUUGAUAAGCAAGAAGAAUAUUGUGUCAAUAUUGCGUGCCUGUUAAGCGCUACUAAAGGUGUAGACGAGCACGAAAUUUUGGAAGAUGUUGUACCUAAUCCCUUUGAUUCGGUUGAAGAACUUGAGGACCUAUCCUCUAGUCUUAAUGAAGAAAAGUCCAGAAGAAAGUUGCUGCAGUUUUUGGUAGCACUGUGCGCAAACACCUGUGCAAACAGUGUUAGAAGAAUUAUGACGAAGCUGGGAACAAAUAAUCUAUGGUCCCAAUAUAGUUUAAAAGGCAGAAAGUCAAAGCGACCAUUUCAGCACCUUGCCCUCUGCAAAGUUAUAACAAAAGCCUGCCUCAGAGCUCAUAAAGGAUGCAGCGAGGCCAACGUUGAAGAUCAAAUUGCCGAAUUUUUAAAAUACGCUCCAGGCAAGCAAGGUGGUUCCAGAUUUAAGGUCAGAAAAGGCAACUUAUUGGAAUCGGCUUAAUUAGCAUUUUUGUAAAUAUGUGUAUUAAAACACGCACAGCAAAAUAGAUGAGUUAAAAGUUGAUUAUAUGGAAAUUAAACUUUAGUUUGUAUCAUUGGAAA